AUACCUUCUUUAUACCCUAUAAUCUCUUAAUCAGUUAAUUCAGAUCUUCGUCAAGAUGCGCACUGGAAUCUUUGCUCUUGCUGCCCUCCUUGUGAGCGGCGUCAUGGCCGGUGAGGGAGAAUGGCGCAAGGUUGAGCCCCAUACCAUGAAGGCCCUCCGUGAGCUCCGUGCCCGUCAGAACGGCGGCUCUUCCUUCAUCCCCGGCACCACCCAGGGCCGCGGCAAGAACUGUGUCGAUGCCUUUGGUGCCGGAUUCGAGCUGUGUGCCGACAGCAAGGUCUGCUACAACCCAACUGAGGGCGAUCUCUGCUGCUCUGAAGGCUAUCCCUGCCCACGAGGAAGCUUCUGUCUGACCAAGGGAUACUGCUGCCCCAACGGCCUUGACCCCAAGGAGUGUGCCAAACAGCACAACAUCGAGCUCCCCCCAACCUUCAGCAACGGCAACGGCAAGCCCUCUGGCGCCCCCUAUCCCACCGGCAGCACUCCCCCAACCGGCGCUCCUAAGCCCACUGGAACCGGAACUACUCCAACUGCCACUGGCAAGACCCCAACCGGCACUGGCAAGUCCCCAACCGCCACCAGCCCACCAAUCUACACCGGUGCUGCCAACCACAACGCUGUCCAGGGCGCUGCUGCCGCCAUCGUCGCUCUCGGUCUCGUCCAGAACCUGCUUUAA